GAUCACCUUCUUCUUCUUCAAAAAGGGUAGAUUUUUUCCUUAACCCGUUACAAUUUCAGAGCUAUAAAGCUUAAAAAGCAAUCUGUAUUAUCAAUUUUUUUCCUCAGGUACUUGUAUACUCGAAAAAGUAUCUGUUAACUGUUUUGGAUUAUUUGUUCUUCUAUACCAAAUUCUUCACUUUUUUUUUGAAGUAAAACUUAUCUUCAUGUUUGCUUUACAUUUCUAUGCACCUUUUAUCUUUAUAAGCAAAGAUUUUUUAAAUAAUUGUUUCAUAAAUUCAUAUAUGUAGAUGGGGUAGGGGGGUAUGAUUGGUUGGUUUGAAAGUUCAUAGAUGAUUUGUUUGACUCUGAAACUUUCAACAUCGAAGAUUUCCUUUUCAAGUUAACAAAUUUGAUUAUAAAAUUCAGUAAAGAUUAGGGGUUUAUCUAUUCAUGUGUGCGUGACAGCGUGAGCCUUUUUUUAAGAUGGAAAGAUCUGUGCUUGGACUGUUGAAUUUUCUGGGAUUUUUGUCUUCGAUCAUUUUAUGCAUUCAUAUACUUUCAAAUUCGAAGGUUGUUUGUGAAAUUGGACCUUGGUUGCAGGUCAUCUCUUGGAUCUGCUGGAAAGGAAUAUUGUUCAGCAUUGUGUCUGUGUCUAUGAUUGAAAUUUAACUCGGUUGACGAGUUGCAUUGGUUUUUGUCUGAUUAUUGUUAAAGUUUAUGUGUUGAAACUUUGAAAUAUUACGGACUAUUAGAUACAGAAAGAUUGGAGCUUUGUUCGAAACUAAAGGAGACAGAUUUGGUGUGACAGAAGAUGGAGAAAAACGGGGGAGAAGAUUGGAGGGAGAUGGUGCGGAAGAUGCUUCCCCCGGGGGCUUCCAUUCCCGAUGACAAUAAAUUGGAUUACUCCAUAGCCAUGGAAUAUAACGGCCCUCCAAUUUCAUAUGAGCUUCCCUGUGUAAAACCCCUUGAUGUGAAUUCAGACGCUAUUCCAACUGCUGAACCUGUUUCAGGAUCUACGAUAUUAUUGUCUCGUGAUAAGGCCCCUGUAAUGGAACCAAUUUCUUUGCCGCUUUCUCGUAUUGCAAGUGUUACAAGUCCAGCCAAUCGAAGUCCUACGAUGUCAGGAAGUUCGGUACCUGAGGUUUCUGUCCUGCAAAAUGCUGAUUUUCCUUCCCCUUCCCCUUCAGCUUCCCCAGAGUCGGUGCACUUUCCUGAUAAUAAUGCUUCAAAAGAGUCUGCCAGUAAAGGAAGAAGAGCAACAUUGGUCACUUUUAAUAAUGUUGAUAGAUCAGAAAGGAGAUUGGUAGAUGUAGAACAACAAGUGUUUCCCGAGUUUAUUUCUGUGUCCAAAGAAAAGAAGAAGAGAAAGAAAACAAGAGUGUGUUAUAGAUGCGGAAAAGGGAAGUGGGAGACCAAGGAGUCAUGCCUAGUUUGUGAUGCAAAGUAUUGCAGCAGCUGUGUGCUUAGAGUAAUGGGUUCAAUGCCAGAAGGGCGCAAAUGUGUUACGUGCAUUGGUGAGCCGAUCGAUGAGUCGAAACGAUUCAAAUUGGGUAAACAUUCAAGGGUAUUGUCACGAUUGCUUAGUCCUUUGGAAGUUAAAAAUAUAAUGAAAUCAGAGAAAGAAUGUUCUGCCAAUCAGCUUCGACCGGAGCAGUUGAUUGUUAAUGGAUACCCCUUAAAACAAGAAGAGAUGGCAGAACUUUUUGGAUGCCCUUUACCUCCUUCGAAAUUGAAGCCAGGAAGAUAUUGGUAUGACAAGGAAUCAGGUCUUUGGGGAAAGGAGGGAGAAAAACCAGAUAGAUUUAUAAGUUCAAACAUAAAUUUCACAGGAAAACUUAGUCCACAUGCAAGCAAUGGGAACACUGAGGUUUACAUCAAUGGUCGACAGAUCACAAAACUUGAACUGAGAGUGCUGAAGCUCGCUAAUGUGCAAUGUCCUCGUGAUACCCAUUUUUGGGUCUAUGAUGAUGGUCGAUAUGAGGAGGAAGGACAAAACAAUAUCAGGGGAAAUAUAUGGGAAAAGGCAUCUACACGUUUUGUCUGCUCCUUGUUCUCUCUUCCUGUACCCCAAGGUCAGCCUCAUGGACAGAAGGAUGAGACUAGCAAUUAUUCUACUGUACCAAAUUAUCUAGAGCAGAAAAAAAUUCAGAAGCUUCUUCUGGUUGGACUACAAGGUUCUGGGACCAGCACUGUUUUCAAACAGGCCAAAAUUUUGUAUGGCAACAAGUUUACCACCGAAGAAUUGCAGGAUAUUAAGCUUAUGAUACAGAGCAAUAUAUACAGGUAUCUCAGUAUUUUACUUGAUGGACGGGAACGCUUUGAGGAAGAGGCCUUGUCAAAGACAAAAGAAGAAGGUUCUUAUGAAAAAAUCUGUGAAACAGGUGGAGUGGUUGACGCAGAUGGAAGUACUCAAUGUGUCUAUAUCCUCAAUCCGAGGUUGAAGAAUUUUUCUGAUUGGCUGCUGGAUAUUAUUGCCACUGGAGAUUUGGAUGCAUUCUUCCCUGCAGCUACACGAGAAUAUGCUCCGCUUGUUGAAGAAGUGUGGAGAGAUCCUGCUAUACAGGAGACUUAUAGGAGAAAAGAUGAGCUCCACUUCCUACCAGAUGUCGCAGAAUACUUCUUGAGCAGGGCGGUUGAGAUAUCAAGUAAUGAAUAUGAGCCAUCUGAUCGGGACAUAUUAUACUGCGAAGGCGUCACUCAAGGGAAUGGUUUGGCUUUUAUGGAGUUCUCCCUGGAUGAUCGGAGCCCAAUGUCUGAGACAUACUCACAAAAUAUGGAAUCUGCUCCCCCAUCACUGUCCAGGUAUCAACUUAUUCGAGUAAAUGCCAAGGGAAUGACUGAAGGGUGCAAGUGGUUGGAGAUGUUCGAGGAUGUUCGUGUGGUAGUCUUCUGUAUUGCCCUGAGUGAUUAUGAUGAGGUGUGGCUUUCUCGGGAAAGUACUGGUAGCGGAGUCCUACUUCAAAAUAAGAUGAUUCAAAGUAGAGAACUCUUUGAAACAAUGAUCAGGCACCCUUGUUUCAAAGAUACCCCUUUUGUGUUGAUUUUGAACAAGUAUGAUCUUUUUGAGGAGAAAAUUAACAGUGUGCCUUUGAGUACUUGUGAAUGGUUCACAGAUUUCAGUCCCGUACAAACCCACCACAACAACCAAUCCUUGGCACACCAAGCUUAUUUCUAUAUAGCUAUGAAGUUUAAGGACCUUUAUGCUUCUCUCACUGAUCAAAAGCUCUUUGUUUGGCAAUCUCGGGCAAGAGACAGAGCCACAGUCGAUGAGGCAUUCAAAUACGUAAAGGAAGUCGUGAAGUGGGAUGAUGAGAAGGAAGAGAACUAUUAUGGUGGUCAGGAUGACUCAUUUUACAGUACCACUGAGGUGAACUCCUCCCCAUUUAUCCAUCAAGAAUAAUGCAAUUCUUGAGAUUCUCUGCAUGGCAUGUUUGGUAGAGUAGAGAACAAAGUAUUUGACAAUAUUGAAAAAGAAUAAAUAAGUUACAAUCUUGUUUAUUCUAAGGUUUAGUCAUAUUCAAUAUUGUAUACCAAACACCCCGUUCUUGUUGUGGAUAUAUGAAGAUGAUUUAAUAAGUUCGUUUCCAUUUUUUUCAAUAAGUUGUGUAACGCAAAAGGUGUAUAUUUGAAGUUCGCCGAUUGUUGAAUGUAUGCAUAAUUGUGGAGUAUUUGUUUCUUUUA